ACCCACACAUACAAGUUUCCGGUGUGGUGUGUGAUGCACGUUCGUUGCUCCCUCUUAUUGUAUUUAGUUUGAGUGUAAAUUGUGAACUUUCUUCAUAACUGCUUGAGAAACAGUCGUAACAGUUUUACUGAAGAAGGAGAGAGCAACAAGCCUCCAAGAUGCCGCGAAUUAUGAUUAAAGGAGGCGUCUGGCGCAACACGGAGGAUGAGAUCCUCAAGGCAGCGGUGAUGAAAUAUGGGAAGAACCAGUGGUCUCGUAUUGCCUCCCUGCUGCACCGCAAGUCUGCCAAACAGUGUAAAGCAAGAUGGUACGAGUGGUUGGACCCCAGCAUCAAGAAAACAGAAUGGUCCAGAGAAGAGGAGGAGAAGUUGCUUCAUUUGGCCAAGCUGAUGCCCACUCAGUGGAGGACCAUUGCUCCUAUCAUAGGACGCACUGCUGCCCAGUGCCUGGAACACUAUGAAUACCUGCUAGACAAGGCAGCACAAAGAGACAACGAGGAAGAAGUGGGAGACGACCCCAGGAAGUUAAAACCAGGAGAGAUCGACCCUAAUCCUGAAACUAAACCUGCCAGACCAGACCCUGUGGACAUGGAUGAAGAUGAGCUGGAGAUGCUGUCAGAGGCCAGGGCUCGACUGGCCAAUACCCAGGGCAAGAAAGCCAAGAGGAAGGCUAGAGAGAAACAGCUGGAGGAAGCCAGGCGGUUGGCUGCUCUGCAGAAGCGCAGAGAGCUCAGAGCGGCAGGAAUCGAUGUUCAGAAGAAGAGGAAGAAGAAGAGAGGAGUAGACUACAACGCUGAAAUCCCAUUUGAAAAGAAACCGGCAUCGGGUUUCUAUGACACCAGCAUGGAGCAGUACAACCCUCUGGAGCCAAACUUCAAACGACUCAGACAGCAGCACUUGGACGGAGAACUACGCAAUGAGCAAGAGGAGAGGGACAGAAAGAAAGAUAAACAGAAGAUCAAGAAGAAGAAAGAGAGUGAUCUCCCAUCGGCCAUCCUGCAGACGAGCGGAGUGGCUGAGUUCACCAAGAAACGCUCCAAACUGGUGUUACCUACACCACAGAUCAGCGAUGCUGAGCUGGAGGAAGUCGUCAAAUUGGGUGUCGCCAGCGAGGUCGCCCGUCAAGCUGCCGAGGAGAGCGAAAGCGGGAACUCGGCCUCCUCUGCCCUCCUGUCAGAGUACAGCGUCACCAACGCCAUGUCCACGGGGCUUCGCACCCCACGCACCCCUGCUGCCCAGGACAGGAUACUGCAGGAAGCCCAGAACCUGAUGGCUCUGACCAACAUCGACACCCCUCUGAAGGGAGGCCUCAACACUCCGCUGCACGAGAGCGACUUCAGUGGAGUGACGCCUCAGCGACAGCAGGUCCAAACCCCCAACACAGUUCUCAGUACACCGUUCAGAACUCCAGGACAGGGUCAGGAGCAGGACGGCAUGACCCCUCAAGCUGUAGGAGCGCUGACCCCGCGCGGUCCAGUGACCCCAGGUUUGACCCCUCUGCGCACUCCGCUGAGAGACAAACUGAACAUCAACAGUGAGGAGCAGCUGGCUGACCCCGCGUACUCUAAACACAUGCAAAGGGAAAGCCUGCAGCAGCUGAAGCAGGGCCUGAUGUCACUUCCUGUUCCCAAGAACGACUUUGAGAUUGUCCUUCCGGAAAACGCAGAGAUGGAACUGGAAGAAACGGAGGCAGAGUCGGGAUUUAUAGAGGACUCUGCAGAAGUCGAGGCACGCAAGCAGGCUAUACGGGAUGCAGAAAGAGAGAAGGAGCUGAAGCUGCGACACACUGCUGUUCAGAGGAAUCUCCCCAGACCCACUGAGGUAAACGAAUCCGUCCUCCGUCCCGCCGCCAUGGAGCCUCUCUUGGACUUCCAGCUGGCCGAGGAGCUGAUCAAACAGGAAAUGAUUACCAUGCUGCAUUACGACUGCCUGCACCACCCGUCGGCCAACGCCGCCAGUCAACUGCAGCGAGGCAAAACCAGAGGCCCCACCUCUACAUCUAACAACGCUUCGCAUAUAACAUACCUGGAAUCACACUCCUACAAGCCAAUCAGCACCGAGGAGAUGGAGCAGGCAAAGGCAGCACUGGCAGCAGAAAUGGAGGUGGUGAAGGCAGGAAUGGGCCACGGGGAUCUCAGCAUGGAGGCCUACAGCCAGGUGUGGGAGGAAUGCUACGGACAGGUUUUAUAUCUACCCACUCAGAACAGGUACACCAGAGCCAACCUGGCAUCAAAGAAAGACCGUAUCGAGAGCCUGGAGAAAAAACUAGAGGUGAACCGUGGCCACAUGACCGCAGAGGCCCGGAGAGCAGCGAAGCUGGAGAAGAAACUCAAAAUCCUGCUGGGAGGCUUUCAGUCCAGAGCCCUGGGGCUCCUGAAGCAGCACAAUGAACUCUGGGAACAGGUGGAGCAGUCAGCCACAGAGCUCCAGACCUUCAAUCAGCUGAAGAAACAAGAGGAUACUGCGAUUCCCAGGAGAAAAGAGGCCCUGCGGGAGGACGUGGAGAGACAGAUGGAGAGAGAACGAGAACUUCAGCAGAGAUAUGGGGAGCUGCUGAUGGAGAGGGAGGCACUGCUUAACAGUGCUCAGAAAUACUGAACCACACAAAUGCUAAAUCAUUCAUACACUCAUGCUACACACACUUAAAUACUCACCAUGGAGACAUUGAUAUCAAGCUAACAGCUGCUCUGAGAAAAAGACACCGAUAAACAUCAAGUUUUCAUGCUCCUCCGCCUUCUGAGUCGUCGUAUUGUGAACCAUUGACAUUUUUUUUCAACAUUUGCGGUAAUUUCAGAGAUAAGCCCCAUCUCAUGUUGCUAUGUCGUCACAAGCUGAGUUUUGAGCAUACUCAGUAGUCUCUUGUGUUUCUGUAUUAGUGACCAAUAAAGCUUUUUUUUUUUCAACAA